GCAUAUAUAUAUAUUGAAGAGCACUAUCAUACGUAAGUAUACUUUAAUCCUCUUCUUUAAUCUUUUAUAAUCUUUUGAAAGUCUCUUCGGGGUGCCAGUGUGGGGUUUAGGACCUUGUGGAUAAACAUGUCUGUAAUCCCACUUUGUUUUCACCUGCACUGGUGAAAGGUGAAGCUAGUAGGAUCCUAUAAAACCUCAGAGGGAACCGGGGGCUGUAUCACUCACCCAGGACAGGUUAGAGAAGAGCCAGUCAGGAUGGGAGAGAGGAACUUGGUGUUGUGGCUGCUGCUGUUGGGAGCACUGAUUCCCCAAGCCUGCUGUCAACACUGGUCUUUUGGACUGAGCCCAGGGGGGAAGAGAGCUGCUGAUGGCUUGUCAGAAACACUGGAAAGUAUUGUCGAGGACCUUCCCAAGAUGGAUGGACCCUGCAGUCUUUAUGACUGUACUAAAGUCUGGCCUAAUGUCAGACUGUACAGACUGAGGACAUUGCUUGCUGGCCUCACGGAAAAAAACAGUGGACGCCAAAAUAUUUAGCAAAUUGUAUGCAACAUUUCUCCAAUAAACUUUCACCGAAUCCUUAGUGUGUCUAUUAUUUUUGCAC